AUGUACACUUUGGUUGCUCCCAACACAGAUCACCCGAAUGGCACACGGGGUCACAAGCAUUACAACAUGAGUGUUCUGCAGCAGCACGUUGCUUUUUUCGAUAGGGAUGAUAAUGGCAUCAUUUACCCAUGGGAAACUUAUUCCGGUCUAAGAGCAAUUGGUUUCAACGUCAUUGCUUCCUUUGUUAUGGCGAUUCUCAUUAACGGGGCCUUGAGUUAUACUACGUUGCCUAGUUUGAUCCCAUCACCUUUCUUCCCAAUAUACAUACACAACAUUCACAGAUCCAAGCAUGGAAGCGACAGUGGAACUUAUGAUACUGAAGGAAGGUUUGUCCCCGUGAAUCACGAAAACAUGUUCAGCAAAUAUGCUCGGGCAAUACCUGACAAGAUGACAUUCAAGGAAAUCUGGCAGAUGACUGAAGGCAACAGGAAUGCAUACGACUUCUUCGGCUGGAUUGCAGCAAAGUUGGAAUGGGGUCUUCUCUACAUUCUUGCACGAGAUGAGGAGGGACUUUUGUCCAAGGAGGCCGUUCGCAGAUGUUUCGAUGGUAGCUUGUUUGAGUAUUGUGCUAUGCUCCAUACCACCACUGCUGCCAAACUCAGCCAACUUUCUUGCUCUGCGCCACCAACAAAAGCUCUUAUCUCCUACAAUUACCUUCCUGCAGCAUCAGAUUCUCUCCUGCUUGCCUCAAGCCAUUCUCAGCAAACCAACAACAACCUGCAGUAUAUCUUCCAUCUGUGGCUCCUUAUUCAUUCAGCAGCACUGCAUCAUACCAGUUCCACCUGCAAUUCAUUUCAGGCCAUAAUACACAGUAACACCAUUUUCUUCUCCUUGUUUUGUUGGCAGCUGCUCAUCUGAUUAUUCCCAUGUUCACUUGCAACAACCACCAGUUCAAUAACACAGUACCACUGAUUCAAACCAGAGCUCAUUGUCUCAACUUCACCGACACUGCAGCUUCAACCAUUUCACUCUGCCUAGCCAAGAUCAUCUCCCAUCAGUGCUAUAUCUUAUGUUCCUGCAAUCUGCCAGCAAUUUAAGCCAUUCAUUCUUGUUAUCAAACAGCUCACUUUCCUUAUCUAUUUUCUUGCUAAACCUUGCUCAGAAUCUCUUGCCAGUAAUGCCGGCUUGCAACUCCAUAUUCCCAUUUGAACAAGAACCAACAAUCAUCUUUAGUUCAGCCUUCCAGCACCAGCACUAAUUCAUUUCAUAACCUGUAAAAUCCUAAGCAUACAUCUAGAUUCAUUCCUGAGCCAACACACAGCACCACCAGCUUCAGUUCCACCUCCAUCUGAAUUUUUCAAACACCAACAACAUCACCAGUACCAUUUCAGUUCAAGCAGCAGCAUCUCAAUUCCUUCCCUGCUGUAACUAUGACCACUGCGCCACCAAAGAGAUUUCCUGAGUUGCACCGCAACACAAACACCAACUUCCCACAAGCCAUUGUUACCACCAGUUCCAUAUCCACUUGCAAAACCCUCGUUCUUUGUUGCUUUAAAAUUCGUCCAACUUUGCUUAAAUCCUAGCUGUAACCUCUUCUCUUCCUUGUACUUCACUGUAAACAACAUGGCACCAAUUCAUCUCAAAAUCGGCUUCAGAUUUUAGUUCAAUGUCAGAUGCUCCUUCUUUUGAAUUCAUCUGCAAUUCAGGUAACAUCUCAUCUUGCAAACCCUAACAGAUUCAUUCUUGACUUCAAAUCUACUGUCUAAACUUUCACCAA